UUCUUAACUGACAGGAAGCUGAGUCUACAGGCAGCUGUACUCGGAGUGAACCCCAGCGAGGCCCUCUGUGGCUUUCAGUCCAUUUACUGAAGCCCUGCGUUCAUUAGCACUUCUGUUUUCAAAGACCCUCAGUGAUCACUGUUUGUCCAUUGAUGCCAGAUUCAGCGGAGGGGGAUCAAAGAGAGAGUGGAAAAUUAAGUGGGGGGCAAAGGAGGGGGAGAACAGUGAAGUAGAAAGGGAUGGAGAGCGUUUCAUCGGAUCAGCCAGCCAGUGUGGAUGAGCUGGUGGAAGCCUGCAUCAAAGCCUUUGACAAUGAAGGCGUUCUGAAGGAGGCGUCGCUCGUGCGAUUGUUUCUCACCAUGCAUCCCUGGUACCUGUCAUCCAGUGACCUAGCUAAGAAACUUCUGCACAAAUCGCAGGAACAGGACUGUUCUGCAAAUCGCCAGUCUCAAAUCUGUCACCUUGUCAAGUACUGGAUAUCUGAGUUCCCAGCUGAGUUUGACCUGAACCCCGCACUGGCUGAGCAGAUCCGCGGUCUGAAAGAGCGACUGGAGCAGAAUGGAGAUGUGAGGCGUAGUCUGCUCAUCGACAUAGACAGCAUUCCAUCAUAUGAGUGGCGACGUCAGUUGGAUGAAACGGUCCAGAAGAAACGCAAGACCUCUCUUCUUUUUGACCACCUGGACGCUUCCACCCUGGCUGAACACCUAACUUAUAUGGAGUACAAAUCGUUUUGCAAAAUUCUGUUCCAGGACUACCACAGUUUCGUGAUGCACGGCUGCACGGUGGAUAAUCCCAUUCUGGAGCGUUUCAUUACUCUGUUUAACAGUGUUUCCCAGUGGAUCCAGAUCAUGGUUCUCAGUAAGCCUACAGCUAAGCAGAGAGCCACUGUCAUCAGUGAAUUCAUCAAAGUGGCCCAGAGGCUACUGCAGCUGCAGAACUUCAACACACUGAUGGCUGUAGUGGGAGGGCUCAGCAAUAGUUCCAUUGCUAGACUCAAGGAUACGCAGGCGCUCAUCGGCAGCGAGACACGCAAGGUGUUUGAUGGAUUGGUGGAGCUGGUCACCUCCUCUGGGAACUACAGUCGCUAUCGUCAGCGUUUCUCGGAAUGUUCGGGAUUCCGCUUCCCCAUCCUUGGGGUGCAUUUGAAGGACCUGAUUGCCGUCCAUGUGGCCCUGCCUGAUUGGCUUGACCCAGAGAAGACUAGGGUCAACCUAACCAAGACCCAUCAAUUGUACGCCAUCCUGGAAGAGCUGGCGCUCAUUCAAAGCACUCCACCCAGUAUAGAAGCCAAUUCAGACCUGCUGAAUCUGCUUAUAGUGUCUUUGGACCAGUACCACUCAGAGGACGAGAUAUACCAGCUGUCUCUACAGAGGGAGCCUCGCAGUAUUAAACUACCAAGUUCCAGCUCAAAGUCACAGUCUCCUCUAAUAGAACAGUGGGCAUCUUCAGUCAAACCUAAAGCGGAUCCAGCCAUCAUCAACAAGCACAUUGAAAAAAUGGUGGAGUCAGUCUUCCGAAAUUUUGACACCGAUGGUGAUGGCUACAUUUCCCAAGGAGAGUUCGAGAUUAUCAGAAGGAAUUUCCCUUACCUUGGCAAGUUUGAUGAACUGGACCAAAACCAGGACUGUAAAAUUAGCCGGGAGGAGAUGAUUGAGUACUUCACAAAGGCGAGCUCCUUACAGAACUGUAAGAUGGGUUUUGUUCACACGUUUACAGAGGCGAGCAGCGUCAAGCCUUCAUUUUGUCGGCACUGCUCUCAUUUGAUAUGGGGAUUUUACAAACAGCGAUACAAAUGCAAAGUGUGUGGGGUGAGCUGUCAUAAAGACUGCUGCAGUCGUUUGGCCAUCGAGUGCCGCAGGCGGGCACAGAGCAUCAGUUGUCACAAUGACGUUUCCUUUAAGGCAACACGCUCUUUCAGCUUUCCGCCGCCCUCCAGGACAGAGUCCAUAGCAGAGUCCCCGGUCAUCACAGACGGCUCUCAGGAGGAACAGGAUGAGGUUUUGGAUGUCCACCUUUGACUGGGUUCGAAAAGUAGAUGUAUAUUGCCAACACAUUCACCUCGUGGUUGAGAGCCUCUCCAUUAAUUCCUUCUCAUGAACAGAGAUCCAUCACCUGGCAUUAGAUACGUUCCUCUCCUCUCUAUUUCCAUAGGGACAUCCUGGAGCGAAUCCAGAAGCAAGCGCAGCAGCAGUGACAGAGCUGCACUGUUCUCCAGAGCUGAGUGUGUGCGUGUGUGUGUGUGUGUGUGUGUGUGUGUGUGUGUGUGUGUGUGUGUGUGUGUGUGUGUGUGUGUGUUCAUGCGUUUGUUGUCCAAGGUGAUCCAUUCUCUUGAACUCUUCUAUACUUUAAUCUCUCAUGGGUUUUUGGUCUGAAAAUAGCACAUGGAUUUCAAACAAAAAGCACCAGUUAAGUCGCAACAAAUAUUUGAAGAGGUUAUACAUAUUUUUACUAUUUUAGUUUUUACUUAAACUUCUGAUGUAGGUAAAUUUAGUUUUUCAUGACCCUUUUUUUUAUCCUGUCAGUAGAAGUAGAAAUAAAUGAUGGAUGAAAUGGGACUAAAACAACCAAUUACAAUGUGUAAUCUGUCGCCUAUGCAUACAUGAUCAAGAAGUAAAAAAUAAAUACAAAUUUUACAUUGUAUAAUUUAUGACCAUGAUCAAUGUGCAAUGGUGCAAUUUUAAUUAGGAGUCCUGUAAUUGCAUGAUUUCAUUGAUCUUUUUAAUUCUCGUCUGAAUUAUGAAUAGAAGAGAAGGUCAAAUGAAUGACAUGUUGCAGACACUAUUGUGCCUUGUCCAUCUCUAAUCACAGGCUUCAAUGUCUCACCAACAGAAGGCGCUGUUGUCCUAAACUGAGAAAGCUAUUUGAGUAGUUCUUGUGCUGCCUCAUAUGCUUUCUGUUUUUAUGUGUGUGUUCUCUCUAUUAUGCAGAUGAAUCGUUUGUUUUUCUGAUGCUGUAUAAUAAAUAGAACAUUUAAUCAAAUGGA